ACCUAGUUUUUAAGGGGCGGGGAGUACUUGGGUGUUGCCCAUUUGCGUCGACCUCGACAGAGUCCAGUGGCUAAAACAUCGGAAUAUUUUCAUUUUAGAACCGCCUGGCCUUGUGUCUCUUGCCCGUUGCCUCACCACCGAAAAGGAUCUGAAUACUUCAACUAUGGGAGUCGAAGGCUGCACUAAAUGUAUCAAAUACAUGCUUUUCUUCUUCAACUUCAUCUUCUGGCUCGCUGGAGGUGUGGUCCUGGGCGUGGCUCUGUGGCUUCGACAUGACGGCCACACCAGCAGCCUGCUAGAGUUGAAGUUUGACGGCCAACAAGCACCAACCACCUUCUUAAACAGUGUUCACAUCCUGAUCGCUGUUGGCGCAGUGAUGAUGGUUGUCGGGUUCCUCGGCUGCUAUGGUGCCAUUCAGGAGUCUCAAUGUCUUCUUGGAACAUUCUUUGCCUGCUUGGUGAUCCUGUUCGCUUGUGAGGUGGCAGCUGGAAUCUUUGGAUUCAUGCACAAAGAUUCGAUUUCCAAAGAGCUGAUUACCUUCUAUGACAAUGUUUAUGAGAACUCUGUAGUAAACACUAUAACAGACCAGGACAAGGACAAGAAACAGGCUGCCGCUGCUGUGCUGAAGGUCUUCCAUGAGACGUUGGAAUGCUGUGGUAGGGGCAUCAGCAACGUGUUCACUACGUUAUUCACCCAAGGUUUUACAGACAUGUGCCCCAAGUCAGUCUCCGCUUCCACUACAGACUGUCACAGAAAAAUCAGUGAGCUCUUUAACGAGAAGGUUUACCUGAUUGGCAUCGCUGCCCUGAUAGUUGCUAUUAUUAUGAUCUUUGAGAUGACCUUUAGUAUGGUCCUGUGCUGUGGGAUCCGCAACAGCCCGGUGUACUAAAGUCCAGGGGGAAGAAGCAAGGGCUAGUGACCUCUGGAGAUACUAGCCAAUGACUGAAGGAAAAUAUUAAUUUUCCUUUAUUUUGUUUUUAUAGCCUGUCACUUCCUCAAAUAGUUGCUUGCUAAUUUUGUCAGUUGUACAAGAUCAAAAAUGCAUCUUCUCACACAGUUUUUGAUAAUACAGUACCAACUAUUCUUGUCAGUCACAGAUAGCUGUUCAAUAUUUUGACUAAUGUUAGUCUGUACAAAAUGUUGAGGUUUACAUUGGCAUGGCUUUUAAACACACACACACACACACACACACACACACACACACACACACACACACACACACACACACACACACACACACACACACACACACACACACACACACACACACACACACACACACACACACACGAAUACAGAUCCUGGAAUUCUCGUGUUAAUUGUGAAGUAUUGCCAUAUGUUAUGCUGGAGUCCAAAACAUUGUAUUCUGUUGGUUAAUCAAUCUCUUUUCAAAUGUAUAUGUAUAAACUGUAUAUAUUUGCAGUGCUUUAUGACUGUCAAGCAUGGGUAAUGUAUUGAAUCCCUUCUCCCCACAAUUUUCUGUACUCACUGCUUGUCUGCCUGAGUUUUCUCCAUAGAGAACAACCACUAACAGAGAAUGGAUACUAUUGAUUUGUCUGUCCCGUCUAAAACCAAGAUAAUAGAAGUGAUAGUUUAUCCUGUGCUUUUAUAACACCUACCAAUCCAAGCCAUAAAGAGACCCCAUGCCUCCAAGCCUUAUGAGUGGAAUAUCCCAUCCUCCCCAACAACACCUUGUUCCUGUUAAACUACAUUGAAUGUCCUGUCCUUAACCUAUUGCUGUGUACUAUGCAUACCUACAGAAACCUCACCUCUUGGGGUCCUAAGCUGGCGCAGCGGUAAAACGCACUGCACCGCAGUGCUGAGGCGCCACUACAGCAUGGGGUUUGAUCCCAGACUGUCACAACCGGCCGUAACCGGGAGCCCCAUAGGACGGUGCACAAUUGGCACAGUGCCGUCCGGGGUAGGGGAAGGUUUGGCUGGUGGGGCUUUCCUUGGCUCAUCUUGCUGUAGCGACUCCUUGUGACUGGUCUGGACGCCUGCAAGCUGACUCCAGUCAUCAGUCGAACUGUGUUUUCUCCGACACAUUGGUGCGGCUGACAUCCGGGUUAAGAGAACAGUGUGAUAAGAAGUAGGCAGCCAGAUAGAUCGUGUUUUGGAGGACGCAUGACUCAACCUUCGCCUCUCCUGAGCCUGUUGCAGAGAUGAGCCAAAGUACCUGAUACGGGGUAAAAAAUACCCUUGUGGCCAUACCACCCUGAACACGCCUGUUCAGGGUCGGGCCUGGUUAGUACUGGGACGGGACACCGCCUGGGAAUACCAGGUGCCAUAAACGCAAAAAAACCGUCACCUCUUCAGCCAUUCAGACGAAUCUAGUUUAUGUUCAAAUAAUCUUUUUUACCCCUGCUUGUUAUACUCUGACAGUCAAACAUCUUAUUAUGCUGGGACUUGCCGGACAAUGUUGUAUUUGUGCUGUAUGAUGAUACUGUAUAAUACCACUGACCAUGCAGUUGUGAGAGGUUGUGUUUGUGUCAGGAAGUCAAAUACUGGCCAUGUUAACAAGUCAAGUCCACAACCAACCAACCACUAGGGGGCAGACCUGUUGUGAUGCUUCAUGGUAUUCCAUGGCUAUGGUUCCAAAGCCAGGGGGAGCGCUUGUCAUACGUUCUUGCUCCACUGUGACUAGGGUUGCCUGCUCAACUGCAAAGCACUUCUCGACCGGUUCCAUUUCAAUCUUCAGCUUCCCUUCAGAGUUUACAGAUCUGGUUCAUUAGAGAGCUAGGUGGAGCUAUCACCCUAUUAUCUACACCCAUCCAGUCCUUUCAGAUCUGUUAACACUGAAGGGGUAGGGGCUAGGGACUGAAGUGGAACCAGGCCCUUAAUAUUCACCUAUAUACACACAUAAGCACUUAAACACUCACACAUACUCACUCCAUCAUCAUUUCUGUAGUCCUACAUAAUAGACUGUAUGGCUUUCUAAGCCAACCAAAACCUAGUCUUGUUAACACAUAUUGCCUAUGCUGAUAUAUGGUUAAGUGUCUUGUAACAUGUACAGCUAUAUAUUAUUGUACUAAUGACCAUGUAAAGACAAUGUAGCUAUGCCUUUCAUUGUGAUAUUUUGUCUGGUACGUUGUCAAAAGAAAAAUGGGUGUCGGCUUCAGUGGCAGUGUGCAGGACUGAGAAAUCAGUUGAGUUACUAAAGGUUGGGAAGAUUAGCAACAUGGCUGUAUAUGCUGUACAACACAAAGGUGAAGAACAAUGCCAGCAAAAGAGUGUCUCUCUUUAGUAUCUAUGUCACUGCCCUACUGUAAAAACACUAUACACAAUGUAGUGACUGAGACUCAAUAGCCCACUGCUGCUCAAAUCUGUGCCCUUUCUCUCCUGUUUUAGAUUUUGAUUUGGUUAUGUUGCCCAAGUAUUAAGGGAUUAAAUGUAUUUUACAAAUAAUAAAGGAAUAACCUGUCUUUUUCACAUCUUA